AUGGCGACCUCAAUUCCCGGCCGUUCAAAGCGGGCUGGGGAAGACUUCGCGCGUACACAUCACAUCGAAGCAGAUUCCGAUUCGGUCGGGCCCUCCUCAUUAAAAAAGCCUCGUUUUGAUCUACGUAAUCCCUCUGCGCUAGCCGCAGACGCCCUAGAGGAAGACGCGGUGUUGGAUGCAGACGAGAUCGGUCAUCGCGGCCAACGUGUGCGGAGAAACGCUGUUAACAUCGAGGGAUAUGAUUCUGAUAGCGAAAAUGAGGGGUUUGACGCACGCGCUGAAUCCAGAGCCAGAGCUGAGAAAAGGAAUUCAGCAGGGAACCCAGAUGACAUGUUCGCUGAACUCGAGGAUGACUUUGCCUCUUACAAAGGCGACGACGCUACCACAACGGGUACAAAGAAGCAAGUGCGAUUUCUGCGGGACGAUGAAAUUGAGGGACAGGUAGAUAAUUCUCAUGCUGGAGGUACCGUUUCAAUCGAUUUAGAUACCGUUGGUAAAGGGAAAGAAGCGGAGCGAGACGAAGACGGGGAGAGCGAGAGCGAAGUUGAUGAGCAGGAGCGAGCCGCUAUAGCACCAGACAUGGACAAGGAGCUAGGGGCGGGUGGAAAGAAGACACACGUUCCCCUUUUAGAUGCUUUCAAUAUGCGCGCAGAACAAGAAGAAGGACGCUUUGACGAGGCGGGAAACUUCGUUCGAAAAGCCGUGGAUCCAGAUGACAUUUAUGAUACAUGGCUAGAAGGCGUUUCGAAGAAGGACAUGCGAAAGGCUAGGGAAGCCGCUGAGAAGAGAGAGGAGGAGCGGCGAAAGGUUCAACUAGAGCAGGAUAAUCUGCUUACAGCAGAUAUCUUGGGCACGCUAAUAAAAAAAAUGGAACGGGGCGAAACCAUUUUGGAAACCCUCGCGAGGUUGGGGAAGGGUCACAAACAUAAGCCUAAAUGGCAAACCAAGAACAAAAAUAAGCAUAACAAUAGUAAGAACGUAGAACAAGAUGAGAGAAUGGGCGAAGAUCCUGCCGAAGCAGCCAGGAAACGUGCUAUUGAAGAUAUCACCGGCGCCGCAGACGUUCUGCUUAGUCGAGGCCAAACAGAGAUAUAUGAUGCCGAACGGGAGCUACUCAUGCGUCUGUACAAGCGGGAGACUGGUGAAGACUGGGUUGAUCCCAACCCAACAGUGGAAUCUAAAUGGGAGUCCACUGUGGGCGAGAUGGAUACGCCUCCGUUGUGGGAGUAUCGUUGGUCUGAUUCACGCGACGGAGGGGAACCGCAUGGCCCUUAUGAGGCAUCCAUGAUGCAAUCCUGGAAUGCGGCGGGUUAUUUUGGGGAAGGGGUUGAAUUCCGGAAAGUUGGGAGCGUGGAUAGUUGGACAUCCGUGGCAGAUUUCACUUGA